GGUUCGAGUGAUCUGUGGCUCGCAGUUCCGUCUCCGCCUGAGGAUUCCGUUUCCCACCCACAUUCCUCACCGCUUAUAAAUUCGCCGGAUUCCUUCCGGCCCACCGUCGAAACCGGCCGACUGUCUCGUCGUCUCUCUCUCUGCGCGCGCGCGUCCGUCCGUCCGUCCAUCCAUGGCAAGCGCUGUCUGCGGCGGCUGCUACUUGGCGAGCGGCGUGCUCGGGCCGAGCCAGCUCAGGAGCUCCCGGCGGUUGCUGCCGAAAUCCGGCGGGACGGGCUUCGGGCGCCGACUCCUCGCGCCGAGAGUGAGAGCCGCCUCCUCCUCAUCCUCCUCCUCCUCCUCGGCCUCCGUCGAAACCAAGCCGCCGCCGCCGCCCCCCCCGUCCCCGCCAACGCCGCCGCCGCCGCCGGAAUCCACUGUGGAUAGGGAGAAACUCAGCGGUAACCAGAAUGUACUAGCUUGUCCCAUAUGUUACCGGCCGCUAACGUUCCCUGGCGAUCUGGUGUUAUCUGUGGAUUCUGCUUCCGAGUCUACUUUGCAGUGCGGCACCUGUCAGAAGACCUAUGUGGGCAAUGAAACGCAUUUUGAUCUUACGGCGGCCUGUGGAACCAAGGAAUAUGGCGAAUCCAUGGCCCUUUCUACCGAGCUUUUCAGGAGUCCAUUGGUAUCGUAUCUCUAUGAGAGGGGAUGGCGUCAAAAUUUUGUUUGGGGGGGUUUUCCAGGUCCAGAGAAAGAGUUCGAAUUGACUAAGGGAUUCCUCAAGCCAGUAUUGGGAGGAAACAUCAUUGAUGCAAGUUGCGGGAGCGGUCUGUUUUCAAGACUAUUUGCCAAGAGUGGACUGUUCUCGCUUGUUAUUGCUCUGGACUACUCCGAAAAUAUGUUGAAGCAGUGUUACGAGUUCAUUCAGGGGGAGGAGAAUUUUCCAAAAGAGAACUUGGCAUUGGUCAGAGCUGACAUCUCUAGACUUCCUUUUGCUUCAAGUUCUAUUGAUGCUGUGCAUGCUGGUGCUGCUUUACAUUGUUGGCCUUCACCAUCAACAGCAGUCGCUGAAAUCAGUCGAGUUUUACGGCCAGGUGGAGUUUUUGUCGCGACUACAUACUUGCUUGAUGGUCCUUUUGCAUUAUUUCCUCUUCUGAGGCCUUUACGCCAGAAUAUAACUCAAAUAUCUGGCAGCCACAUCUUCCUAUCUGAAGGCGAACUAGAAGAUCUUUGCAGAACCUGUGGGCUAAUCGGCGUUAAAUUUGUGAGGAAUGAGCGAUUCGUGAUGAUCUCGGCUUCGAAACCCAGCUAAGGUUCCAGAUGCAGGUUCAUCAAUUACUUCGAAUAAUGGAGCAAACACAAUAGUCAAGUAGUUACAGGCACCUCUCUUAAUCUCUUAUAUUGUUGGCAGAGGAAGUUUAGGCAGAUGAAGAUGCGUAUACACAACUUCUUAUCGUUUAAAGCACAGGAUGAUAUAAUAAAGGCUGCCCUCUUAAUUUAUUGAUUUGUAAAUACCACCCAUUCGACGGUGAAUGAAUGAGUUGAAUGACAGGUUCAUUCCUCCUGCAA